AUGACAUCACAAAGCAGCAUCCAAAUCCCACCCUUUCCCUACAACAACGCGCCGCCUCCGCCUCUCCUCUGUCAAUGCGCCUAUUGCUCUCUGUACCGAUAUCGCGAAGCACGCCCCAGCCCCUAUCUCGCUCCCUAUCUGAAUUUCCUCCUGGGUCUCGACCCCCUCGAUCCGAAGCAGAAGCAUCUCCGGAAACUAGGGACGUACGGGUAUAUCCUAUACCACAAGCUGCCGGUGUUGAGGUGGUAUGUGACGCGAUGGGUGAUGGGGAAGUGGUGGGGGAGACAGGACGGGCUAAAGGAUAUUGGUGCUGCUGUGGAGAGCAUGGAGGCGGGUGAUAGCGCGGGAAUAGCGAGGGUAAAGUUUGAGGAACCGCCAGUGCCGUAUUAUCUGAAGUAUGGGGAUCAUCCUACCUGUAAGGGGAGUUCGACGAGGAUGACUAGGCGGAUUGGCUGGGAAGGAAAUGCGGUUGGGAGAUGGGAGUGA